UGAUUGCAAGAAUCAACUCUCCCAUGCUGCUGAUGGCUUUUAUGAUGCGUAUCGGAAAACCAGCCUCUUUCCCAUCGUGCAAAUAUACCCUACGCUCCCGCUGUCGUUUCACAUCGCUACCCGUCCUAGAUUCCAACUUUGUGAUGUCAGCAGCCGAACACUGUGACGUAUGGGCUGUGGAAUGCCUUGAUAUUACCAAUGUUUCUGUAGCAAACAUGGCAGCCUCAAUUGGCUCUAUUGGCGAUGGUUGAUAGAAGCUAGCUAUGUCUAUAUCUACUCGUAUUGCGGGCACUUUUAUUUGGACGCUACACACUAUAUGGACCGAAGCUCUGCAAAGAUAGCUCCCAAGAAGUACCCCGUACCAGUCAUACGGAUUCAUCAGCGAAGAUGCCUGGGGAAGUCAUCGAUAAACCGGAUCCGAAGGCACUACCUUCGCAUUUGCCUUCCUCACUUGAUGAGUUGAUAGUUCGCCUUCAAGUGUCACCCCUGAGCAAGGAUGCACUUGAUUCGCUGGUCAAAUUCCGUCGAACUGCGGACUAUAUCGCAGCAGCGAUGAUAUUUCUUCGAGAUAAUGCGUAUCUCAAGCGUAAGCUGACGUUUGAUGAUGUUAAGCCACGGUUAUUGGGCCACUGGGGCACCUGCCCUGGUUUAAAUUUUAUCUAUUCCCACCUCAAUUAUUUGAUUUGUGAACAUAACCUUGACAUUCUGGCUGUUAUCGGCCCUGGUCAUGGAGCGCCGGCCCUUCUUGCCUGUCUCUGGAUGGAGGGCUCCCUGGAGAAAUUCUACCCCGAUUAUUCUCGAGAUACGAGUGGUCUCACAAAGUUGAUUACUACUUUCAGCACUACAGGUGGAUUCCCAAGUCACAUCAACGCGGAAACCCCUGGAGCAAUACAUGAGGGUGGUGAACUUGGCUACGCUUUGGCUGUCUCAUUUGGAGCCGUAAUGGAUAAGCCAGACAUGAUUGUUGCCUGCAUUGUAGGCGACGGCGAGGCUGAGAGUGGGCCGUGCACCGCGAGUUGGCAUUCCUAUAAGUACAUCGACCCAGCGGAGUCUGGUGCUGUCAUCCCAAUCCUCCAUCUCAAUGGGUUUAAAAUAAGCGAACGCACAAUAUAUGGAUGUAUGGAUGACAGAGAGCUGCUUGCGUUGUUUUCUGGUUUUGGUUACCAAGCCGUAAUUGUUGGAAAUCUAGAUAAUAUCGAUGCGGAAUUUAGCACUGCUCUGAACUGGACGCUAUCAGAAAUCCGGAUAAUUCAGAAUGCUGCCCGAUCCGGUAAACCAAUUAUGAAACCGCGGUGGCCAAUGAUCAUUCUUCGAACACCCAAGGGAUGGACGGGGCCUAAGAAGAUCCACGGCAAGAUUGUAGAGGGUUCAUUCCAUGCACAUCAAGUCCCGCUCCCUGCGGCAAAGAAAGAUGGCGAAGAACUGAAUGCUUUGCAAGAGUGGCUGUUAUCUUAUAAGCCAAAUGAACUGUUUCAAGAGAAUGGAGAUGUCAUUGACGAAAUAAACUUCAUCCUUCCGAAAGAACAUUCACAGAGGAUGGGCCAGCGGCCGGAAGCCUACAAAAGUUUGCAAAAGAUUGCCAUACCAGACUGGAAACAGUUUGCUGUGGAUACAGGCUCUCAUGGGAGUUCCAUGAAAACCAUUGGAAGGCUCAUUGAUCAGUUAUUUCUGGACAACCCUCAUAGUGCGCGAUUAUUUUCUCCGGAUGAACUUGAAAGCAAUAAGUUAGAUCAGGCUCUUGCGCAUACGAUUCGGAAUUUCCAGUGGGACCAAUUUUCGAAUGCGAGAGGCGGACGAGUCAUAGAAGUACUCAGCGAACAUAUGUGUCAGGGGUUCCUUCAGGGAUACACGUUGACUGGGCGACUUGGAAUAUUUCCAUCUUACGAGAGCUUUCUUGGAAUCAUCCACACAAUGAUGGUGCAAUAUGCCAAAUUCAACAAGAUGGCUCGAGAAACGACAUGGCAUCGAGACUUAUACAGUCUCAACUAUAUCGAGACGAGUACUUGGACCCGCCAAGAGCAUAACGGAUUUUCUCAUCAGAAUCCAUCGUUUAUUGGGGCAGUACUGAACCUGAAACCGGAUUAUGCACGGGUCUACCUCCCGCCUGACGCAAAUACGUUUCUUUCUACGUUGGCUCACUGCUUGAAGUCGAAAAAUUACGUAAAUCUUAUGAUUGGUUCUAAACAGCCAACUCCCGUGUAUCUGAGUGCAGAGGAAGCCGAGAGCCACUGUCGAGCAGGUGGUUCUGUGUGGAAAUUUGCUAGUACAGAUGAUGGCUUGGACCCAGAUGUCGUGAUUGUUGGGAUAGGUACGGAGCUCACAUUUGAAGUUAUCCAGGCAGCGACUAUGCUGAGGAAGCGCGUUCCCGAGCUGCGGGUUCGCAUGGUCAACGUGACAGACCUGAUGAUCCUCGGAGUAGAGAAUAGACAUCCUCAUUCUCUUUCUGAGGAAGCAUUCGAAGCACUUUUCACUCCAAAUGUCCCAGUGCAUUUCAACUACCAUGGCUACGAGACCGAACUGAAAGGGCUUUUAUUCGGGAGACCUAAGCUGCACCGCGUGAGCAUCGCAUCGUACAAGGAAGAAGGAAGCACGACCACCCCAUUCAACAUGAUGUUGGUUAACGGAGUCUCUCGCUUCCACGUUGCUAAAGCUGCCGUCAAAGGUGGCUCGCUGCGAAAUGAGAGGGUUAAGCUCAAAUAUCAGGAGCUCCUCACUGAAUUCGACCAUGAGAUCAAUUCGCUGAGCCAGUAUAUCCUCGAAAACCAGAAAGACCCGGACGAUAUGUAUGAUAUGCUAAAGUUCGAAUAGGAUGUAAUUUCAAGCCGUCUCUGCACACUCCGUAGUACAUAUUA